GAGGACUAAAGAGUUCAAACCAGAGUUGAACCAGACACAGAGAUGACCCUGGUUUUAUCAAUGAAUCCUCUCCUGGACUCAGAGGGAGACCCUCCCCCCGUCUGGGACUCAGAACGCCGCAGGAAGACGUGCCUGUCCGACCCGGACCCAGCAUGCAGCUCAGAACAGCAGUUUACACAAGAACCUCCCUUUAGACGAAUUCCAGAUCAUGUUUCUGUGUCAAAGGUCGCUUAUUUCAAGAGGAAGUUUGUCGAUGAUGAUGAAGAACCUCGCUUCAGCUUCAGAUCUUAUUGCCAGACUGUCUCUCCGGUUCUGGAGGAGCGAACUCACGUGCUGCGCCUCUCCCUGGAGAAGAUGCGGUUCAUCGACGACCCCGAAGCGUUCCUCCGCCGCUCCGUCCUCGUCAACAACCUUCUCCGGCGUCUGCGAGCAGAGAUCCUGUUGCAGAGCUCCGACUGGUGCUUCCCACCCAACCCGGCGUUCACCGCUGGCCCCUGCAUCCUGCCGCCCACCGCCGGCCCCGCCCACAGAGCGGUGCCCGCCCGGAUCUGCUUGGCGGCGCCUCAGGCCGGUCCACCUCUUCGGAAGCGUUUCCGAAUGGUCCGGGGCAUUCAAGGGGAUUUCCGUCCCGACUGCUGCUGCAUCUACGCAGCGGCGGCUGCAGGACAUUACCUCCACCUGCCGUUCUCUGUGUACGACUCCGCCCUCUCUACCUGCCCGGCCACGCCACACACCUCCUUCUUUCAGCUAGCCGGCCAUGGUAAAUUAGGCGUGACUGUCGCUGUUGGAAAUCAUCAUGAGGAGGAGGAAGAUGCGGAGGAGGAGGAGCAAAGUGAGGGUGUAGAAGAUGACAAUGAACGAAGACAAGAAGGUCCCUCUGUUGACGCUGAGGACAAAGUAAACCAGAAAACUAGGACUAAGACUUUGUUUGGCCACAAUCAUUUGAGGACAGAGGACGACGGCAUGUCAGGAAAUGUAGAAGAGGAAGACGAGGACGAGGAGGAAGAGGAGCAGGUUGUGAGACUUUGCCCGUGGGAUUCAGAAACUGAUCUUCACAGGUUCAGUUUCUGGCACAGCAGGGCUCAUAGACAGUAACGAAGAAAUACUAACAUUUAAAAAUAGAUUGUUUCUCUUGGUAGUAAAAUCUACCUGCUUUAGUUUCAUCGAUUCAUCUUAUAAUCUGAGAGACGCGUUGAGCCAGAUGGAGAGAAAAACAGUCACUUCCUGUCUUUUGGACUCGUUUCUGUUACUGUUCCUAAGAACACGGGGACACGUGAUGGGGUCCCGAAGACCACGUGUGACGUGAAACUCACAUUGCACUGUCUCCAAGACCAUUUUCAAGCCCCGCAGCACAAAACUUAAAGAUCUUGAACCGGGCUUUAUUCUGGUGCAACGGUCCAGUUUUAGGACCCUAAACAAGCCUAAAAAAAAAAACUGUCUGUGUACGGUAUUUGUAUGCUUCUGUGUGUGUUUGCAGAAAAUAAUGUAGCAUUUUAAUACUUGAUCUUUAUUUUAGGGAUGCACCGAUACUGUGUGUGUACUUGUACUAGACAAAUGUUCCAUUAAUGCAGUACUGACACCACUUUUAGGACAGAGUGAUGUUCACCUUGGUGAUAAAGGGGAGCAACGGCUGCCAUGUGGAGGUAGUUUAAAAAAAAAAGUUUUUAGUUAGCUGUCUGGAUCCAAACUCCUGGUGGCAGCAAGGCCUCACGGAGAUGUUUUCCAACUACCAUAAAUUCAUUCAUUCAACCUUUAUCUAGACGGGUAAAUCCCAUUGAGCCUCAAGGACUCAUUUACAAGAGAGACCUGAUUAUAAAAACACAGAAGGGGAAGACUAAGUCAUGUCGAGGUAUUUCAAAUUAAAUGAAUGAAAAGAAAAGGGCCCUGGGAAAAUACAGAUCUGAGCUUGAAAAUCUUAACAUUUGUGUAAGAGGAUGAAGGCCUCUGUCAUCUGCAGCAUUGAGGUUAAACAGGAGAUUCUAAAAAAGCACAAGAGCAGUGUUGGAGUUGUCUACUAGGCAAAACCGAGCUGGUGAGCUUAUUUGUUGGAGAAAAAUAUUCUCGCUUUAGCUUACUGACUGAAAAAGAAACACUCUCAGGAGAAGAUUUUUAACCACUAUUUACUUGCAAGGUCAGAUUUUCAGGACUGGUUACUUAAAUAUACAUAAAGUACACACACG